CCAUACAAACAAGCAUAAUCAUCAUCAACAUACUUUUCCGUCCACCUUUCUCUCUUCCCUUCUCUCCCUCUGAUGCCUUGAAAGUCCUCACCCUCUCUUUCUCUCUCUCUCUCUUUCUCAUUGAUUCGUUUAUGGGGAAGCUGGCGGAGGCGCAGGUUUGCACGACCGGCACCUUCCAUGUGUGGAGGACGCUUCUGAAUUGGUUCUCUUUUCUGUUCCAAAUCUUCCUCCAGUUGUUCCGGGGGCCGCCUUCCUUUGGCCGAGUCCUCGCCUUUUUUGGUCUUCGGCAGUCGCUGCUCUGCUCCCCGUCCUUCCCUCCGUUUAAGCCCCUCCCCGUCGACAUACAGUCCGAUGAUGUUCCUUCUGACCUCCCGCAGGACAAACCCAUCGACAGGCUAACGGUGGUGCUAGACUUGGAUGAGACUCUGGUGUGUGCUUACGAGACAUCUAGCUUGCCAGGUUCUGUUCGUGAUCAAGCAACUGAAGCUGGAUUAAAAUGGUUUGAGUUGGAGUGUGUGUCUGUUGACAAGGAUGGUGAAGGAAAGCCCAGAGUAAAUCAUAUCACUGUAUUUGAACGUCCUGGUCUGCAUGAGUUUUUGGCACGAACAAGUGAAUUUGCGGAGCUUGUGCUUUUCACAGCUGGACUUGAAGGCUAUGCCAGGCCACUUAUUGACAGAAUAGAUGUUAACAAUAGAAUCUCCCUUCGGCUUUACCGUCCUGCAACAAUUAGCACGAAAUACCGAGAACAUGUGAAGGAUCUUACAUGUUUAUCCAAAGACCUUGGUCGUACAGUCAUCGUUGACAACAAUCCUUUUAGCUUUCUAUUGCAACCUCUAAAUGGAAUACCUUGUGUUCCAUUUUCAGCAGGACAGCCUGAAGACAUGCAGCUAAUACAGGUUAUUCUUCCACUACUCGAACAACUUGCUAUGCAAAAGGAUGUGCGGCCUCUGCUUUAUGAACAAUACCACAUGCCAGAAUGGUUUCAAAAGCAUGGCAUUCCAACUUCUGCGCCAGUAUAGUCUUUCAUUGACGUUGCUGCUGCUACUUUAGAUCGAGGAGAGACCUCAUGACCAUAACACUUCCUGUAAAAUGCCACUCAGUUUUGGCAGUUUAUAGUUGAAACAAAUGUAGGAUUGAAGGACAACCUGCAUAGAUGGCUAGCUGCAAGGGUGGCACCUCGUGGAGAAAACAACAUUAUUACCCUGGCCAUUGUUUGCUCCAAGUACAGGUUAGGGAAAUAAAUGUGGGGCAGUGGUAUGUAGAUAGAAGAGACUAUGAUUUAUUGUAUCAGCUAUGUAUAUGGUAUGUAUUGUUCCUGCUGUAGUGAAUAUCUAUCAUUGUGUACGACUUCUUGGA